AUGCCGAGCGUUGACACAUCAAUCUACCCGAACGCCACAGGUGCAGCCGCCCGACUCGUCGCCAAGCAUUCAGACGAACAUGCACUGAAACUCUACGCUGGCUGGUUCUGCCCAUUUGUGCAGCGCACGUGGAUUGUGCUGCAUGAGAAGCAAAUUCCAUACCAGUACAUCGAGAUCAACCCUUACAAGAAAGACCCAGAAUUCCUCAGAUUGAACCCGCGUGGGCUCGUUCCGACUCUGGCUGUCCCGGUUGACGUGAAGGGCAACGAGCAGAAGCCGCUGUACGACAGCACGGUUCUCUGCGAGUACCUAGAAGAGGCUUAUGCGGGCAACAACUACGGACCGCAUCUUCUUCCGGAGGAGCCGUACGAACGGGCGAGAUGCCGAUUGUGGAUCGAUCACAUCAACUCGCGCAUUGUGCCAGCCUUCUACAAGUUCAUCCAGCAUACUCCUGAGAAGGAGUUCACCAUCGACGAAGCCCGCAGCGAGUUCCUGGGUCAUCUCAAAACUUUCGCUAAGGAGCUUGACCCUGAAGGUCCUUGGUUUUUGGGGAAGACGUUUGGUCUCGUCGACAUUAUGCUGGUACCAUGGGCGAUGCGUUUGUUUCUGUUUGACCACUACAAGCCCGGUGGGCUUGAACUGCCACACGAAGGAAAGGGUGGCGAAGAUGAUGCGGUUUGGAAGCGCUGGCGCCAAUGGUAUGAUGCUGUUGAAGGGAAACAAACCAUCAAAGACACGCUGAGCGACAGAGACGCCUACAUUGAUGUGUACAAGAGGUAUGCAGAGGACAAGACAAAUUCAGAAGUAGGCCAGGCAACCAGAGGUGGUAAGAGAAUGCCUUAG